AUGAACAACCGCACACCCACGUUUGAUACGAACGUUACAUCGGACGAUUGGUGUGGAACAAUAGCUGAGCCGCCUCCAAUGCCUCAACAACGCUACUCUUUGAUUAAUCCGAACACAAAGAGGGAACUAGUGAGAAGAUGGAGAGAAGCUGUGGGUGAGAGGAGCCUCAAGACUGUUGCCGACGACAACUUGCACAAUGUGGCUGGUAUUGUUGAUUUCCACGACAAGAACAACGUAUCGAUCUCUCAGUCUGCAUAUCAAUGUAUCACCCAGAGUUCGUUGCCAGCCAACAUUCCAAAUACGGACCCACUUAGCCUUCAGAUUGGCCUCCAGAUCAGCGGACAUCGAGCCGUUUACCGCUGGAAGAAAAAUAGCAAGGUUAACUUCGCUGCUUUCGCUGAGGGCUACGCGACAUCUGACCAGGCUUUAUAUGCAGCUAGCAUGCUGAAGAAGGCUGCUGAUGAAUGGAAUGGACUUCAACUUGGAGUCAGCUUUGAGUGGGUCAGCGAAAUUGAAGAUGCGGCAUUUGUGCUCGCAUAUGGCGGCGAUGCUGGUUCGACUCUUGCGAGGGGCUUUUUCCCCAAUGAACAAGAUCUGAACGUGCUUUACGUCUACAGAUUGGCCUUUGAACCCGGCAAAAUCAACUAUAUGAAGAAUAUAUUUCUCCAUGAGUUGGGCCAUGUGCUAGGCUUGCGGCAUGAGUUUGCUCCUGAGAGAGAGGACGAAACAGUGCAACUUGGUCCACGUAACGAAAAGUCUGUGAUGAGUUACGUUUUCCCCCCUACUAUUCAGACAACCGAUGUAGAGAGUACUCGGCAGUUUUACAGCAUAACAGACGCGCAAAUUGGGGGGUGGCCGAUUGAAGACUGUGUUCCAAAUAAUUGA